AAAGAUCUGCCAUCUCCAGCCUGCCCUUCUAUUAAACCAAAACAUCUGUACCCAGUAAAUGCACAUUAUAAGCCUGGGGUUCGUUAAAUAAAGCACCAAAUGCACCUAUUCAUUAAACUCAGUUUGUUUUUAAGGAUUUUGAACACGGACAUUUCAGUUAACAGAUGGGUUGGUUGUGCCAGUAACUUUUCAUUACACUGUUAAAUCAGGGCUUCUGGUGGGUUCGUAGUGUUUCUCCUCUCUGCAAGUAGUGACGCCAUAUGGUAUCAGGCAACAUUAAGGGCAUAGAUUGUUUAUGUACAAAACAGACGUCAUUAGGGAACAAAGAGAUCGCAGAUAGGAUGGACAUGCGUACCCAGUCAAGGCCCCAGAGGGUAUUUAAACCAGGCUAGAAGACCAGUGCGGUGUGGGUAGCUGUACCGCAAACUUAUGUUGUGUUUCAGUGACCUUCCCGUUGGCCAGUGUGAUUUACAAUAAACUUUUACUUUCUUCAGUAAAUUGUUUAUUUUCUCAUGAUGGCACAAAACACAGACAUGGAACUGCUCUUGGACUCCUUCAAGAAGUUUGCCAUCCAUGGAGACACCAAAGCCACUGGGAAGGAGUUGAAUGGGAAAAACUGGGCCAAACUUUGCAAAGACUGUAAGGUCAUUGAUGGAAAGAACGUCACCAGCACCGAUGUAGAUAUCGUAUUCACUAAAGUGAAAGCAAAGACUUCUCGGGUCAUCACUUAUGAGGAAUUCCAGAAGGCUCUGGAGGAAUUAGCACCAAAAAGAUUCAAAGGUCAGAGCAAAGAGGAAUCCUUGAAGUCCAUCCACAAGUUGAUCGAGGGCAAAGAGCCCACCAAUGUUGGCAUAACGAAAAUAGCCAAGACUGCCACAGUGGAGCGCUUGACGGACCCGUCCAAGUACACGGGUUCCCACCGAGAGCGUUUCGAUGAGAGCGGGAAGGGGAAAGGCAGGGGCGGGCGGGAGGAGCUGGUGGAGAACACCGGCUACGUUAGCGCGUACAAGAACGCGGGGACCUACGAGGAGAAAACCAAAGCCAAGUGAACCCUGUGACGUAGGGCGGAGUGAGACGAGCUCGCUCAUCCACGUUCGGGGGCUUGAGACUGAAUCAGAGCUCGGCCAACAUCCGCGGCCCGGUAAUUAACGGCGGAGAGCCGCGGUUUCCUGGAGCUAACCGGACUGCAGAAACGAUUGCCUUUUGAUCUCCGGCAAAUAUCCCGCGGCUCAAUUUCAACGCAUAAAACGAGACUCACAAAGCGGGAGCCUGCUGAUGGAGUGGAUCGUCUCUUUAUGGAGUCAUCUUAUUAAUUCUCCCUCUUUGUUUAAAACCCAGAGGAGUAAUAACACAAUCUGCUCUGUUUUGCUUUGUAUGAUUCUGAAUAUUUCUGUGUUAAUGUAUUGCUUUCAAUUGCUGACUUCAAUCAUGUAAUUCAUGACAUACUUAAAUAUGCUCCUGUUUGUAACCUAUGCACUGCUUUUUAGUUACUGUUAUACUGCAGUCUCAUUCCCCAUUUCUGGUUUGUAACUUGUUAGUUUACUGUCUUGUGUAACUUUGUAACUUUGUGUUUUAUGUGAGGAUCCCCCUUGCAAAAGAGAUUUCGAUAACACAAAUAUCCUUUUCUGCCAGGUUGUUUACCAGCCAAUUACAACUUCAUUUAUCAAUUGCACAUCUUUAUUUGACCUCUUUGUCCCUUAAAGCUGUUACCUUCAACAUAAUCAACAAUUCAUUGUACUGUAAUUACAUUUUCUAAAUACAUAUUUUAAGACUAUGCUAGCAUUUGUUCCAUAAUCCAGGAUGUUCAAAAUCUAUUAAACAAUUAUUUGUGCUUA